AUGGCACUGGAGCCCAUCCAAGAUGGGCGGGACUCCAAAUGGCAAAAGAAUUGUGUGCUACGUGUGGGUGGAGUCGAGGUGACAGUUUACACAUCAAAUGUCCGCCAAAGUGAGUGUGCACUAGCAGAUGCUCUGGCUAUUUUCAACUGCUCCAGCAGCACCAAAAAGAGAUUUGAGAGGUUCAAGACUUGGCUACCUUUUAUUAAGGAAUACCACAGUCGAAUGUGGCCAGGUGUGGAUUUUUGUUUACUGCAAACCAAAUUUUCCGAAAAUAGCGGUCAAAGAGAACAAGACACCUGGCUAGCACGGCGAACCGUGUCUACAUCUGUUUUGUUUGCCACGGUGGCUUACAUGUACAACUUUUUGCGCAGAAAAUUGGUUGACCGUGCUCGCGCACAUGCGGGCGUGGUGCAACUGCUGGGCCUACUGGUUGCGAGCAUUGGCAAGUUCAAAGUCGAACACGUCAAAUGUGGACAGUCUGGGGAUCAUGUGGAAGUGUUCCAACUGAUGACAGAUCACCAAGGUCGGGUUUGCAUCACAAGCUUUUUUGACCGGCAUUUCUGGGAAGAGCAUGCAAAAAAAGAAUGGAAGAAGGAUUUGCAAAACCAUGCUAAAACCUGGGCCACCGUAAACCUGGCAUUCAAUGACCAUUGCUACAUUUCGCUGGUAGAUCUGUUGGCGUUUUUGCUUGAUCCUGACCAUUCUGAACAGUUUAGCGACUGUGCGGUACCUUGUGCCCUUGGAGUCCUCACGGAAUUUGCAUUUGUGGUGGACACAAAUUUGGAGGCCAUGUGCCGGGAAAUAACUUCUAUCAACGCAGGAACAAAACGGAAACGAGUUUCAUCAGAUGUCUUUCAGUUCUAUGUGGAGCAGAUUGCAAACAAGGUAUACACAGACGGAUCGUCUGUUGCCAAGAAACCCUUGGAACUGAUGUGGGUCUUCAGCCCGGAGAAAGGGAAAGGGGUCUAUGACAUGUUGUCCGAGUCCAUGUUGACACGAGCUGCAAGAUUUGCUCAGCUGUGCUGGAGGGUUCUACUUCGGGAGAUUGGGGCAAAGACGUUGCAGGCCCUGAUUCAGCGAACAGUCAACAUGUCAGAGAAGUUGGACCGGCAGGUUUCUUUCACGUGCGUCCGAACGCAUGAAAUCAACAAGAGCUGCCGUCAGUUGAUCCGCGAUCAUGUGAACUGGUGUGCACAGGUGACAGACGUGCAUCAUUCAGUACCUUGCAUCCAUGGGGACAUCACGAAUAUCAUGCCUAAAGGAAGCUUUGACCCAUCCGCCUGUUUCAAGACCAAGAUGAAGCAAAUUGAACAAGCGAAACUUUGCAGGGGCCAGUUUUGUUUCACACACAACCAAUCCUGUCCAGUCUUUGGCCAAGAAGCUGCAGAAAGCGACUUUGAUAUGAGCGGAUUGCCAUGUCCAGACAUGUCGCGUGCUGGAAAGGGCCUAAGAGAGGAAGGUCCGACGGACUUGUCGCUUCAUAUGAUUUGGGCCCUUUACUCCCGGCACUACAACAUCAGGAUCCUGCGGGUCUGCCCUGCGGACCUCGGCCAUUUUGGUGUGGCAAGGGACCGCAUCUAUCUCAUCAUGUCCUUGAAAGAGGCUGUGAUUGAAGUUGUAGAUCCUAUUCAGAUGUACGCAAAGGUGAAGGAAUAUGUCCAGAGCUUUGUCAGAACAGAGCCCAAGGACUAUUGGGUGUCCACAACAGCUGAAUACGUGAAGGAGGCAGAAAAGACUGCAAAGCGGGAGCGGGAGUCUGUGUCCUAUGUUUGCGAUCUCUACGCGCACAAAUUUGGAAAGAACCCUCAGGCAGACAGCAACCUGAUUGUCAAUUUGUCCGACAAUCCGAAGAAGCGCCUGUCAUGGAGUGGAACUUCUGGUUCCUUACCCACUUUUAGGACCAACAGCAACCGUUUCUACAGCAUUGCGCGGGAACAGUGGAUGACGCCGCGUGACCGAUUGUCGGCACUGGGUCUACCUGUAACCCCCGAAGCUUCCCUGUCAAUGGGGGUGCCGAUGUUGCCUGUGGCCGAUGACUUGAGGGCUUCCUCGGUGGCCGGGAACAGCUUCCAUUUUGGAAAUGCCACCACGGUACAAUUUGUGGCAUUGUCCUGCUACAAAAUAAUUCGGUGA